AUGAGUGCAUCUGUUGAGAAAGGCCACGCUGAGGCCGAAGUGACCGCUCCAAACGAGGGUCUGGUCCGACCAGAGACAUCUUCAGGCGAAUCUGUCGAGGAAGUCCUGUCAGCGGCUGGCGUGGGCUUCAAGGAUGAUGAUCCAACUCUACCGUGUCUGACUCUUCGCAUGUGGACAAUCGGCAUUGCCUUUUGUCUUGUGGGUAGCGGAGUAAACACUCUGUACACCCUCAGAUUCCCAUCCAUCAGCCUUUCACAGUCCGCAAUCCAGUUCCUCGCUUAUCCCGUCGGCAAGGCAUGGGAGUAUGCGAUACCAGACUGGGGCUUCACCUUGUUUGGCAAGCGACAUAGCCUGAACCCUGGACCCUUCAACCACAAGGAGAACAUGCUUAUCUACAUUUUGGCCAACCUCAGCUUCUUGACCCGAUUGAGUGCCGAUGUCCUCACCGAACAGCGGGUAUUCUACGGCCUCAAGGCGGGAUGGGGUUUCGAGAUCCUCGCAACACUCACAUCAAUCCUGUUCGGCUUUGCUCUGUCUGGCUUGACGCGAUCAGUCGUUGUCGAACCAAAGAGCCUCGUUUGGCCCGGCGUGCUCGGAAACACGGCUCUCAACGCGGCCCUGCAUACACCUCGCAAGGAGGUGAUCGCUGGCAAGAUUUCUCGUUACCACUUCUUUAUCCUCGCCUUCUGCGCCUCUUUCUGUUGGUACUGGUUCCCCGACUUUAUCUUCCCUGCCUUGGGUUACUUUACGUGGAUCUGCUGGAUCGCCCCCAAGAACCCUGUCGUCAACCAGGUGUUUGGCAUGAAGAGUGGACUGGGGUUGUUGCCUUUCACCUUCGACUUCCCGGUCUGGGCCAUCCUCAACGUUCUCGCCUCUCUUGUCUUCUGGAUCUACAUUGUUAGCCCAGCGCUCUACUACUCGAACACCUGGUUCUCAGCUCAUCUACCGCUACAAAGCAAUUCAAUCUUCGAUAACACCGGAGAAGUCUUCAACGUCUCGAAGGUUGUCAAUAAGAAGGACGGCUUCACUUUUGAUCAUGAUCUGUAUGCACAAUACUCCGACAUCUAUCUCCCUGUAACCUAUGCGCUCAACACUUUCGGUCUGUCGUUUGCUACCAUAUCUUCUCUUUUUGUCUGGCUCUUUCUCGAGAAGCGCCGGGAUUUAGUGAGAAAAUUCCGUGAUGCUUGCAAAUCGUUGACGUCGAAGAACACUUCCACUCGUGACAGACUGCAGCCACAAUAUGAUGCAGUUCCGCUUUGGUGGUACAUGACUGCUGCCCUUGUAGCAUUGGGUAUCGGUAUCUUCACCUAUGAGUACUACCCCGUUCAGCUGCGUUGGUAUGGCGUGAUUUUCGGCAUGGUAGUUUCCUCUAUCUUCUUCAUCCCUCUCGCUUGGGUGUAUGCCACUAGCAACAUCAAGAUUCAGAUCGAUAUCUUCUGUCGCAUCAUCGCUGGUUAUAUCUGGGAAGGCAAGGUCCUGGCCAAUAUCUGGUUCUUCAACGUUGGCUACAUCUCGGGCAUCAAGGGCCUUGCUUUCUCUCAAGACCUGAAGCUCGGUAUCUAUUGCGGUGUAAGUGGUCCUUGUCUCGACGCGACUGACUUCGAGCUGACGUAUCAGAUCCCUCCUCGAAGCCUCUUCCUGGUCCAAGUAGUCGGCCUUAUCGUUGGAACUCUUGGUCAAGUGUCCGUCCUCAACUGGGCACUCGGAAACAUCCCCAACGUCUGCAAUGCCAAACUUGCUCCGAACGGCUUUACCUGUCCCUUUUCACGAACUCAUUUCAACACAAGUAUGGUCUGGGGCGCACUCGGUCCCCGUCGUUUCUUCGAGCCAGGCGCUCUCUACAGGCCCUUGCUCUGGUUCUUCCUGGUCGGAGCUCUUCUCCCUGUCGUCGUAUACCUCCUUCGAACCAAGGCAUUCCCUCAUGUCAAUUGGCUGAAGAAGAUUCAUGUUCCGCUGUUCUUGGGCGGCUUGAACUAUAUCCCUCCUGCAUCAGGUGUCAACUAUGGCAGUUGGGCUUUAUUCGGGCUCUUGUUUGGCGCUCUUAUUAAGAAGCGCAAGACCAGCUGGUGGCAUCGAUUUAACUUCGUUCUGAGCUCCGCUCUGGAUUGUUCUGUCGCUAUCGCUGGCAUCGUCAUCUUCUUCGCCAUUUUCUAUACCGGUGCCGCGGAUAACUUCAAUUGGUGGGGAACCAACGUGUACAAGGUCAGUUGA